AUGAACUACUGGCUUCAACUUUUAGGCACGUACUUUAUAGGCGGACUCACCUUUACGCCCGUCCUACUGUUCCUUUUAUAUCACCUUUUACCAAAGCACAAUACGGUUCAAAAACCAGAUCAUAAAGAACACCGGACAAGCCAUAGCAACAGCAAUGUGAUCAAGAAAGGCUGGAUUCAAUUGAGCAAGAUACACAAAAGAGAAGCUUGUCUGUCUGACAUUAAACGUAAAAAACAAACCGUUUAUGCAGAACUACGAAAAUGUGGAGCCUUGUUUAUAUUUGAAAAAUCAGACCUUCAAGAGCAGCAGGACGAGAACGCCUGUCGAUUGAUCAUUCCUGUUCAUGACUACAAUGUAUCUAUGCACCUCUUUCAUAACGACAAGGACACAUUUGGACGAUCAGCGUUUUUGCGUCUUGCAUCGAAUAAGAAAGAGGAGUAUUAUAUCACAUGUGAAAGGGCAGUAGAUAAAGAGGACUGGUAUUUAGGUUUGAUCGCCGCUGCCUCAGUGAUAAAUGACCAAGAGACGGUUGAGAUGAUGGACAGCAUGCAUUUUGAUCCUACCGCUAUGAGAUCCCUGAUCCAGAGUAUUCAGCAGGAUACAGAGUACCGUCAGGUUCAGUGGCUGAACGCCAUCCUUGGGAGACUGUUUUUAGGAAUGUACAAGACUCAGGCAAUGCAGGAAUACGUCCAAGAAAAGAUUUCAAGCAAGAUUAAAAAGGCCAAGCUACCUAGUUUUCUAGGAGACAUUCAAGUUCAAUCUGUCGAUCUAGGUCAAUCUGUGCCAUUUGUUGUGCAGCCCAAGCUGCUAUCGCUAACGCCUGAAGGUGAUCUCUUGGUUGAGGCAACUUUGAAUUACGUGGGUGCAUUUCAGGUGGUCAUACAAGUGGACUGUUCAUACUCCUUAAUCCAUGUCCCGCUUAUCCUAUCAGUCACACUCAAGCAAUUGACAGGUAGAUUUUUAUUCAAGGUCAAACCGCCACCUAGCAACCGAUGCUGGAUUGGGUUUUACGAGAUGCCCAAGACCAAAUGGGAGAUAACACCAGCUGUGUCUGACAAGUGGGUCAAGCUAUCCAUGGUGACAAGCAUUCUAGAGUCCAAGAUUCGGGAGUUUAUGAUAGAGACCAUCGUGCUUCCAAAUAUGGACGAGUUUCCCUUUUUCCCAUCUCAUGGCAAUCUAGGAGGCAUAUUCGGUGAGCGAAUACCAAGACCUUCAGAGAUAGCCAAGGAAGAAAAGAAAGAAGAAGAGGAUCUGCUGAUGGACAUGCUUGGUAAUAGACCAGCACAGCCUGCUGAAUUGCCCAAAGCUGACCAACGUAUUACCUAUGACGACAUCCUCCUCCUGCCAAAACCGCCUACUCGCAGAUCAGAAUCCGUUGGUCUGUUGGAGCCACUUUCUUCCAAAUCCAGUAUGAGCAAUCACCGUGCCAAGUCUACUCCUGAGUUAAGGAAAAGAAUAAGCGACAAUUCGACUCCUCGACCAACAACCGGAGAAAGCACAAUUGUAUAUAAACAAAAAACGCACAGUUAUAAUAGCGAUAAUGAUGAAGAUUGUAGUGUUAAUAGUAGCCAUAUAACGGCCAGUGAUAGCAGCAGUAGCAGAAGUAGUCAUAGUAGUCGCAGUAGUAGUAAAAGCAAUGACAGUAGUACUAGUACUAGCAGUACUAGCAUUCAACCUCUUUCACCAGAGGCAGGUUUAAACUUUAUUAAUUUUCAAGAGACGUACUUGGGAAAAGAAGUGGAUAUCAAGAGCAUUCAUCCACUUGACCAGCCUCCUCAUUAUUACCAUCCUAGCAACAGUAGUGAUUCAGUUUCAAUAGGAUCAAGCAAGAGCACGAUUAAAUACAACAAGUUGAUUAACAAUAUGAACAACAAGAAGCAAGCAUUUUUUUAUUAUAAAGAGUAA